AUGGGAAAGAAAAAGACACCCGUCUUCCGCAAUGCAGCUAAAAAUGAAGCCAACUCGUCCAAGGACGACAAGGUCAACGCAAUCAGAACUUGGGACGACAUUGAGCAUGAUUCAGAGGAUGACUUUCAUGACGAUAGAGAGAAAGUACUUUUGAACCAAGAUCAAGCAAGCGAUGAAGAACAAAGUGAUAGAGAGAUUUAUGGUUUAGAUGGCCUGGAUUCAGAGGAUGAACUUUCUGACGAUGAUAUCACUGGCAAGAAUGAAGAGGAAGAAGAGAUUGAUGACAAAACCUGGGGCACCUCCAAGAAGGCCUACUACGACGCUGACGAAGGCAGUGAUAUUGACGAAAUGCGUGAAGAAGAAGAGGAAGCAUUGAGAAUUCAGAAAGAGCAACUUGCCAAUAUGGACGAAGCUGAUUUUGUGGAUGAUGCUUUGGCUGGAUGGGGUCUUGGCAACGAUGAAGACGCUGACGCUGAUAAAAAGUUGGUGGAAGAUGUCAGCAAAGAGUUGGAGGACAUUUCUUUUGAUGUGAUGAAGGUGGAAAAGCGCCGCAAAAACCUUCCUGUCGCAGAAAAAAUCAAGAUUAUCCAGAAUGAGUCGCCUGAAUUGAUUGAUUUGUUGGAUGAAUUCAAAGACAAGGUCGAAAUUGUGAAUACAUUGAAGCCACUUGUAGAGAAGAUUCAGUCAAAGAAGAAAGAGCAAGAUGCUGCUGCUCAGUUUUUAUUCUUCAAAUACCAAACCCUGAUGAAUUACAUGACCAACAUCUCUUUUUAUUUCGCAUUGAAAGCAUCAGAAGCAAAUGAUGUUCGUGAACAUCCAGUCAUUCAAGCACUAUUCAAGCUGCGUCAAACUCUGGAGAAGUUGGAGAGUCUAGAAAAGAAGCUCGAAUCAGAUAUCGAGGCAUUCAUCGCUGGUCUAGAUCAAGAAGAUAAGCCCACCACUAUCGCCAAACAACCCAAGCAGAAGAAGACAUCUAGCAAAAAGAGUAAGGCUUCUGCUGCUAUGGCUCAUGAAUCAGAGGCAGAGUCAGAGUUGGAGUCAGAUCAGCAAGAUGAAUCCGAGAACGAACAAGACAUUUUGAACGAGAUUCAAGAUAUUGAGCAAGAAUUCAAGAGUCUGAAGAAAUUGGCAAAGAAACGUAAGAGAGCAGCUGCCAGUGAUGACUUUGGAGAAUUAGACGCUUUGGAUGAAUUGGAUAUGGAAGACAAAAUCGCCAAGAAGAAGUCCAUCAGAGAUUAUGUCGCUAAAAUUGAUUCUAAACAAGCCAAGAAUGCUAGCAAAUAUCAAGGUGAUGUUGAUUUACCGUACAGAGACCGCGUCAAGCAAGAGCGUAAAGGCGUUGCUCAACCACAAGAUACAUCGGCCGAUUUGGACAAUGCUGAUUGGGAUGAAGAUGACACGGCGGCAGCUAAUGAAGUUCGCUAUGGUAAAGCAGACUCAGAUGAUGAAUACUAUGCAGAUGUGGUGGCCAACAAGGACGCUAUCAAACGUGCCAAGAAAGAAAGCUAUGAAGCAGAGCGUGCACCCAUUGAAAGUCGCGAUAUCGAGGUUGAAGAAGGUCAUAAGCGUUUGGCAUCAUACAAGAUGUUGAAGAACAAGGGUCUGACACCUCAUCGUAAGAAGGAGAACAGAAAUGCUCGUGUCAAGCAUAGAAACAAGUAUGCCAAGCAAAUGAAGAAGUUGUCUUCCACAAGAGCUGUUGUCAAGGCUCAAACUGCUGGCUAUGGUGGUGAAAUGAGUGGUGUCAAGACAAAUGUCAUCAAAUCCGUCAAGUUAUCGCAAUAA